AUGGAGGGCGACGACAAGAACGGGCACCUUGGCCCUGGAGACUUCGACAACGCGAACGGCGGCAAGCGAGAGUCCAGGAUCGACAAGUACGCCAAGCGCAGCUCCCAGAUGUUCAUCCCGUACAGCGUCGUCGAUUUCCGCCACUCGCAGCUUCCGCCUGAGAGGUCCCCCGCAUACCCUCAACGAUCUUUCCAGGACGACGAACGCCAACUGACGAGAAUCGACUCCGUUGACACAAUCACGGCCGAGAAGCAGGCCGCUGCUGUUCAUGAAGAGGAGGUCCUCGGAAGCACUGAGAUCUACGACAAGGACGGCAACAUUCGGUUCAUCCCUACUCCUACUCCUGAUCCCAAGGAUCCUCUGAACCUCCCUGAAUGGCGAAAAUGGCUAGCUGUUGCUUCCCUCUGCUUCUUCGGCUCCGUCUCUCUCGCUGCUGAGAUUGCUGUGGCUGGUCUUCUGCCUGUCUUCAUUCUGGAGUACUCUGGUGUCGACCCGGCCUCGACCCUCAAGCACGCCGAUCUCAAGGGCAACCCGGACCCCCUCGGUGUCGUUCCGCCAGGAGUUACGCCCGUCUCUCUGGCAUCUGUUUCUCUACUUGCGACCAUUCCCAUGCUCAGUAACGGCAUCGCAACUUACCUCCUUGUUCCUCUUACUGCAGCUAUCGGAAGACGUCCUGUCCUCGUCCUGACAUCGGCUUUCUCCUGGGCUGGUGGCUUCUGGGCGGGGUACAGUCAGUCGCUUACCAGCCACAUCGCUGCGAGAGUCUUCCAUGGCCUUGGUUCCGGUGCUGUCGAAGCCUUGCUACCCCUAAUCGUUCAGGACAUGAUGUUCCUGCACAAGCGAAACAAGGCAGUUGCUUCCAUCAUUGCCAGUCAGGGCCCAAUGAUCGUCCUCUUCGGUAUCCUCGGUCCGUACAUUGCUGUCAACUGGAACUGGCGUUGGAUCUACUGGAUCACGUCUGCCGUCGGUGUUUUGACCUGGGUCAUGCUCAUUCUCUUCGUUCCCGAGACGAUCCGCAAGAGAUCCAAGGCAGAGCUGGCCGGACACGAGAUUUGGCCCAUCGCACCGGGCGAAAACAGAACCCAGCUGGACUACGCCACCUACGGCGAGCGCACGAGGUGGGAUGAUAUUGGUUUCUUCCAGUAUGGCACCCAUUGGAAGGAUGCUGGCAUGCAGAUCAUCGACACCAUCAAGACGACCAUGUUCCCCGCGGUUUUGUGGUGCACUCUCCUGCAGGUUGCUUUCGGAAUGGUCAUGGGUGCCACCGGGCAGGCCACUUCGUUUGCUCUUUUGGCUGCUGGAAUCCCUUUCGAACUCACCGGUCUCUCUCAAAUCCCCCAGAUCCUAUCAACCGUCGUCGUCUUCAUCAUUGGCGGUCCGGUAGCCGAUGCUGUGUCUCUAUGGAUCUCGAAGAAGAAAGGUGGCCGAGAGCCCGAAUAUCAGCUUCCCAACCUCAUCCUACCGAUCGUUUUUGCCAUCACGGGUGCCCUCGUCUUUGGCUACGCCGACCAAAACGGCCUUCAUUACUCGAUUUUGCUUCUCGGCACCUUUUUCCUCAUGACUUCCACCUUGAUCACUGCCCCUAUCGUGCAGAACUUUGUCAUCGAGAGUUACCCCCAGUGGGCCGGCCCAGUACUCGUCAACGUUUCGACUCUUCGUGUCUUCAUUUCGUUCCCUCUUAAUACGCAAGUCACUACCUGGCUUCAGGCCCUAGGUCCCAUGACGUUUACUAUCUACUUGUCGAUUGUACUCCUGGCUGUGUCUACUGGCAUUCCGCUCCUCUUCGUCUUUGGCAAGAAGCUUCGGAUCAAGACGUCCAGCAAGGUCACCAAGAAGGCUUAG